CGUCACCGACUUCUUAAAAAAUAAUCACACUGCUCUUCCUAUCUCCGCCGCCGCAACGUUGAAUCUUCCCGGUCAGAAGAUUUCCUCAAAGAGAUGGGGAAACGAGGGCCUAAGAAGCUUACAAACACUCAAGGAGGACCUAAUCUCAAGUCUGUACUAAGACAUGAGCACUUGAAGAAUCUCGCUCUAUGGUCUUCCACCGGAGAUACUCCGAUACCGUCUCUUGCUUCAUUAUUCGGUCGACGUCUCGCUGCCGACACUGAAACCACGGGAAUCGCUACUGAUCCCGAUCACGUCUCUUGUCAGAGGUGUGAGACAAUUCUUAAGCCUGGAUUCAAUUGCAAUGUUAGAAUCGAGAAGGUUUCUGCUAAUAAGAAGAAACGCAACAGGUGCAAGAAUUCUAACAUCUGUUUGCCUCAGAACAAUGUAGUUUACCAUUGUAAUUUCUGUUCUCACCGGAACUUGAAGAGAGGUACUGCGAAAGGUCAGAUGAAAGAGAUUUACCCGUUCAAGCCGAAGACUGCUCGUUCUUUGCGUCCUAAGAUCAAGAAAGAGAUGACGGUGCCUCAAGAAAUCCAAAGUAGCAUGCUUUCUUCACCGGAGAGAAGUGUGAAAGAUCAGGUGGAGGAGAAUAGUGUUGGGGAUACACCAAAGCCAAUGAUGCUUACUUUGGAGAGGCAUAGGAGAAUACGGAAACCCAAAAGUAAGAAACCGAUCGAUCCCGGAAGCAGUGUUCCUGAGAAAACAGUUGGUGGAUCAAAUAAGAGGAAGAGAAAAUCAUGGACAAGUAUGAAGAUACCUUAAAGAUACCUUUUCUCUUGUAAUCUCAAGUAGUUUUGGGUGAAAAGCAGAGUACAUAUAUCUCUUUGUUGAAGUUUUAGUACAAUGAUGCUUCUUGAUAUUCUUGUUCCUUUUUAACUUUUGAGAUGUUUUGAUGAUCUCUGAGAAAUGAAAAGUCAUAGUUUCCAACU